GUUCCCACGGCCAUUUAACCUUUAAGACUAUCGUCCACGUGCCGUAUUUGCCUUUCUGAUUCCGUUCACUAUGGGAUUCACUGUAUUUUUUAUAUUUGUAUUCAUCGGUGUGGGCUAUUGUUUGGAGUGUCCGAAAUGUCGUUUUGCAAGCAACAUCAAUGAAUGUGUGCGCCAUAAUGAAACCUGCAGUGACUUUGAAAACGAGUGUAUCGGGAUAGUGGACGAGUGGAAGAUCACUAUGGGGUGCGGGACUCAAAAGAGGUGCGCGUAUGAAGCUCUCCAAGCCAACGUGGAUUGUCGGGGCACCAAGCCAUUCGGGGCAAACGACAAAUGCGUUGUGUGCUGCACUGGGGACACGUGCAACCAGCGGCUGGAACACGUGCAGAAAGGCCUGGAUCUGGUGCCAAAGGUCCUACACUGCCCAGUUUGCAGUGACGAGACGGAUCCCCAGAAAUGUCUGGACAAUAUACAACCCUGCCAAUCCAGUUCCCUGACAUGUGAAAUAAUCAAGUUGAGGGGGAAGUACACUUCCAGUUGUGCAGUAACCAGCACGUGUGUGCACGACCACAAGCUGCAUCCCGGCAUCCCUGACUGCCUGCACGACCCCCGCCCAUGCAGCGUGUGCUGCAACGACUUCUCCUGCAUCGACUACGUUCUAGGGGUACCUCCGACCUCGCCCUUUAUCACCCCGGGGAUUGUGCCAGGGGGAGAUAACUCUUCUACCAGCAGCACCACCACAGCAGCAGCGGCUUCCAACAAUCCAUUGACGGCUCCGCCGAUGUCGACGUGUCGAGACGACACUUUGUUCCCGUGUCAUACUGCAGUAGGUGCCGCGUGCACUGACCCCGACAUCUCCAUCAACUUCUGCCCCCUUUCUUGCGGCGUGUGCCAAGCAGUGUCUGCUACACCUGCUGCAACGAUGGCUGCGACCACAACGACAGCAACUAGACCACCACAGCUUAUUCAAUGUCCUUCCUGUCACGAUGCCAGCAACAUACACGAUUGCCUCGCAUCAACGAAAACCUGCCACCAUAGCAACGAGGUUUGCGAGAUAUCCGUUUCUAAAUGGCACAUCAAAGCAGGGUGCAAAGAUCAGUUGGAAUGCAGUGCUGCCGGCAGCCGCUCCACCACCAACUGCACCGACGGGGGCGCGUUCGGCCCUUCAGACAGUUGUAGCGUCUGUUGCACCGGAGACGACUGUCGCACCUCACUGACGCAAAUUCAAAAAGGUUUCGACGCUAUUCCUCAAGUCCUCCAUUGUCCCACCUGUCACAAGGAAGCAGAUCCUCAGACAUGUCUGGAAACAUUUGGACCAUGCGACAGUCAUCAUGGGACGUGCGAACUAGUCCUGGAACAUGGAUUGUUUUCUGCAAAAUGUGAGAGCAGUCAACAUUGCCUUCACGGCGUGACAGACUGCGACCACGACACGGGGAAAUGUACAACCUGUUGCCAUGACUACGCCUGUAUCAAUCGUACAUUAAGCUUAGAUGCCACGCCCCUUCCACAAGCACCAUCGACACAAGCAAUGCCAUCGUUGUCGCCAACACCAGCCAAACCAUGCAAAGACAAGGACCUGUUCCCGUGCCAUAUUUCCGCAACUGGAACUGCAUGCACCGAUGCCACAUUUGCCAGUGAAUUUUGCCCUCUAACCUGUGGGGUCUGCAAAGUUGCGACUACCACAGCCAUCACCACACACAUCCCGAAAGAAAAGUGUAAAGACUCUACCCUGUACCCCUGUGUGCUGAACGUAGCGAGCACUUGCCCUGAUCCGGACCUGGCUCUGUUGUUCUGUCCCUUGACAUGCGGCUUGUGUGAAGCGGGGACUGACAUGACGUCACCAGCCACCUCACCUGGGGUCACCGAAUCAACAGUUGAGCCCAGCGGUCAGCCAGGUGUGACGUGUCCAGUCUGCAAGGAUGCAGCGAGCGCCAAAGAGUGCCUGGGUCGGAAAAGUGUCUGCAAAAGAUCUUACGAUGUAUGCAAGGUGACGAUGAAGGAUUGGCAUGUUACUGCGGGGUGCUCCCACUCAAAGUACUGCACAUUCCAACAAGAUCACCGGAGCACCAUCAACUGUACCGGUGGAGGUGCAUACGGCCCCCCAUGACAGCUGCAACGUCUGUUGCACAGGGGAUCAGUGUAGGCAGGGCUUGAACAUUAUUCAGAAAA